GAAAGUGAGCAGUGCGACAAAACUAAAAGUCAUUAAAGAGCCAGCGAAUAAUUCAGGGAAUUCCCCAUUAAACGAGUGGCGGCAAGUGCAGGUGGAAUCCAAUCGAGUUGGCCGGAUAUUGUCGCAAAUUAAAACCUUCAUAAAUUGGCGUGGCUGCGAAAAUCGCUGCCUACUCGAGGUGGCGCCCCAUUUAGAGGCGCAUUGUGAAUGCAGCCUUUCACCGAGAAGUGGCGACAUGAAAAAGUACAAGUGUGCAUUCUAAGAAUAACAAACAACUCGAGUGAGAUAAAACCAGCAGCUGCGGUACGGGUAUAAAGUGCUAACGUAAACACAGCCGGGGAAGGAGCGUAAACAAACAUCGGAGCAGCCCGAAAGAGCGGUGAAGGUUGUCCCGCCGAGUCCCUGCGGCUCUGUGUGAGUGUGUGUGUGUGUGAGUGAUCCAAGUUCUAAAAUCCAAAAGGAGCCAAGAGCGAAAAAGCAAAGAAAUGUGCAAGUAAUGUGCAGCCAGGAAAGUGCAAUGCCAUCCAUAAAAUCCGCCGAAAGUGAGACUCUGCCCGGGAUUAUUAGGAGCGACAGCAUGACAAACGGCAGCUCCUUGAGGUCCUGUCUGCUGGUGGCCACCGUUUUGGGAUUACUCUGCGGGAGCGAGGCCUUGCCUUUUGAGUAUAUAGACGAGCACGACGACUUCGCCUACGACCUGGACACCGCGCAGUCCCAGGCCAAGUACGACGCCCGCCUGCUCUCGCAGCAGAUGCUCAGCGAGGCGGAGCUGCAGCGCCAGCGGGCGGACGAGGAGCAGGAUAACGGCUUGGAGUCCGGCUCGCCACGAGCUCAGGGGAUUGGCGUGGCUUCUGCCGCGGAUGGCGCGGACGGAAGCCCCACGGAGGAGGACUUGGAGCCGCACAGCCGGGCAGCAGCUUGCUUCACCAACGGACACAAGUACACACACGGCCAGAAGGUGCCCCGACUGGAUGCCUGCGAGGUGUGCCUCUGCAUGGACGGCGAGAUCUUCUGCUGGUGGGAAAAAUGCGAUAAGGCCAAUGUAAACAAGGCGAAGGCAGUGGCGUCAGGAAGUGGUGUUGGCCAGGACGAAGUCGUCGCUGGCAAUGGCGAUGGUAAUGUCGGUGGCGAGGGUGAGGGUGACUAUUCAGAUCCAUAUCGCUACGAAAGCACAACGGGAAAGUCAACAAAAGUGCAUAAAGCGGCUAGGAAAGUUGGCAAGCGGCAUAAGCAUCGCAAGAAUCAAAAGAAUUUUAAUGACUACGAAGUUUACCACAGCCACAGGCAGAAGCAGCCGGAUUAUAAAAAGUCUGCCGUAAAGCAACAGCUCCAGCAGAAGCAGAAGCACCAGAGUGACGGCGGUGGUAACUACAAUAUAAUCAAGCAACACAAACACGAGCAACAGCACAAGUUGCCGGCGCAGCAGGAGCAGGGGAGUGCCGCCGCCUUGGCUGUUAAUCAGGCGGCAAAGGCAACGCAUUAUCAGCCACCAGCUACGUCCCCGCCCCCGCAUCAGCACGAGCAUGAGCAUCAGCAGCAACACCAUCCCCACCAGGCCCAGCAUUCGUCCAGCAAAAUCCUGAAUUUCCCCGAAAACUUGCCAUCCCUGCUUUACUACGACUACAAGACCGAGGAGCACGAGCAUCACCAGCACCAACAUCACCAGCAGCACUUGCUCCACGAGAAGCAGCGACUCUUGCAGCAGCAACAAGAGGCGUUGGCGCGACAAAAGGCGCCAGUGGUAGCUGAAGUCGGACCAGGGCCCGCAGCAGAGUCAGGCACCAACUUGGGCACCGAUAAAAACCCUGAUGAGGCGGAAACAGACAGCGAUAUUCUGCCGGAGCCGCCAACAAAGCGGCCAAAGGCAGCUCCCACACAAUGGUCGGCGCAGGCGUUGAUGACAACCCGGGCAGAAGCAGCAGGCGGACCAGCGGCAGCCACGUCUGCGACAACGACAACUACAGCAGCAGCAGCAGCAGCAGCACAAACACCAUCAGCAACAACAGCGACAACGAAGGCAGCGACAAGAACAAAUGAAAUGGUGACAAGCACGUUGUCUAGUGCCACAGUAGCAGCCACAAAUCUGCAACAUGAUCGCCGUGGACAUGACGCGGAGGAGGUCGACGACGCGUUCCACCGAUGGCUGACGUCCACAGAGCUGAACGCUGACAACACAAACUCGCCCGACGACAACUCGGAGCAGGAAACGCCAGCGUCGACAAUAAUCGAUGAUGUUGGCACGGCCAACAGGAGCGAGGAGAGGGGCGGCCUGGCCAAAGACAAUGGCGGCGAUGCCGUCUUCUUUCGCAGCUCGUACAACGAUUACAGCAGCGAAUUCAAUGGGAGCGUUGUCAAUAUUGACAUUACACUAACUGCAGUUGAUGUGCAUCCCCAUCGCCAAACGGAUUUAAUUGCAAAUGGCAACAGAACGUCAGGCGUUAACGACAAUGGCAGCAGCAUCAGCAGCAGCAGCAGCAAUGGAACAGCAGGGACAACAAUGGACCCAGAGGCAGCCAGCAGCAGGAGCGGCAGUGUCGACAAUCAGGAUCAGCCCGGGCAAAGCACUGCUGUUCCGCCGUUCACCCUGACAACGAUUAUAACAACAACGCCGCCGGCACCAGGGCGUAUGUGCAAUGUUUUGGGCAAACUGUAUAAAAUUGGCGACAUUCUGCCACAGGAUACGGGCAACUGUCUGCAAUGCAUUUGCACGGAUGCCGUGACACCCGACGAGAUGCCGAGUGUCACCUGCAGUCCGCACAAUUGCCCGCCGCUGGUGCUGCCGGAUCUGUUCGACGCGACUGGCUACUGAGGUUACGGGUUGGUGCUGUAAGUUGCCCAGGACCCAGGACGCAGGAGCCAGGACCCAGGACCCUAACCAGGACCCUGCGGGUGCUUGGGCGGCAGGUGUUGGAAUUUUUAAAUGGAUCGAAUCGUGAUUUAAGCCCGCAACCGAAACCACAACUACAGCCAGCCGCAGGAUACGGGGCAGGAAAGCAGUCACUCACUCGCACAGUCCUCACUCCCAUAUUGCGUGUCAAGGUCUCAACUAACUCAGCAUAAUCGUAUGGAUUUCAGUGUAAAGCCCUCCCUAUCACGAGUGCCGCGAGCACUCUCUAAAACGAAUACCUAUCAGCAAGCAUAUACUAUACUCGUAUUGGACUAUAUAUACACAUAUAUUGAUCAGAUCAGACCAGACCAGAGCGGGGAGCAGGGCGGCGGAAGGGGCGCAGUCUAGGUUUUAAUGCAUUUUAUAAGAACGCGAGGUCAUCUCUCUCCCCGAUCGAGUACCGACAAGAAACAAUUGAAUGUAUACAGCAGUAGAAAUUUUAAAGAAUUUAUAGAUGUACCACAACAGAAACAUAUAUAUAUAUACAUACAUGCAUAUAUCUACCGAUGUCUAUACCUAUUUGUGUAUUGAAUUCAGUUCAGGAACCGUUCACAAAUUAUUUCCCGACUGAGACAAAGGCAGGCUUUCAAUAUAUCCAACAAAGGGAGAAAUCGAAGCGGAAAAAAAACACUUAUACAAGAAUAGGCGACUAAAUCUAUAGCGAAAAAAACUGAAAAAACUGAACAAUGACAAAUAAUGAACAAACGUGUGUAAUAUUUUAAUUUGUAUAUUAAAAGCAAACAACUUAUUCCUGAUUUGCAUGCAAAUACCAUUAUUGUUUCGCGCUUCUUUUAGACAUUUAAAAAUACAUACGUAAUCUACGGAAGCGAUACCAGGACAUUAUGCGAUGUAUAUGGAAGUUGUUUUAACAAAGCUGAACUUGGCAAAGAAAGACACCAUAUCGAGUAGUAAUAACAUUUUAAGCGUAAACCCUAAUUAUACCUAAAUAUAUAUACUUAGAAACUGUCGUAUAUAGAUUCAGUGAAUUUCAAAUUUACAGCGAUUCCCCCUGAAAUUGUAUUCCCUUGGUUUCUAGUGGCAAAGACAGCAUUUAUUUCAAAGCAAGUUUAGGCGUGAUAAACAUUAAUUCAUUCGGAAAGGGUUAAGUUAAGUCAAAAAGUAUAUACUUCAAAAGUAGAAAACAAUUCUGAUUGUAAGGAAAAUCAAAGAGAAAUUCGAACCAGUUUCCAUUAACUGCAGACGGGGUUGAAUAGAACUAUAUAGACAUAUGGAAAUUGGAAAUCAAAAUGCAAAAUAUACGUACACACACAUAUAUAGUAUAUAUAUACCGGAAGAACACAAAGCAUACAAUAUAAAUAUUUAAUAUUGAUGUUCCACAAGAGCAAACAGAGGAGCAGCAAAUAAAUAAAAAAUAAUAAAAGAAUACAUGAAAGAAAUAGAACAAUUUCAUCUUGGUCGAGGCGUAUUAAAAAUGUAUACAAAAGUCUAUAAUAUGCGUAUAUAUGUAUGUGUAAAAUAAAUGUAACUACAACUCUCAACUAAUCCCACACUCACACGCAGAGCCACUAGCAUCGCUGUGUGUUUAAAUGGAAUUUGUGUUUUGAAUCAAAUUGAAAUCAAAUUGACAUGAAUAAACCGAAACACAACUAAA